GUGGCUAGGAACUACUUAUUGGCCUGGUGUUCCUCCGGAUGAUGUUAUUGUAGGGGAACAGCUGCGCUUUAAUAAGGAAAUUUAUACAUUUAUAUAAUACGUUAAUAUUUAAUAAAGAUGGAGGACCAAGAAAUGCAGUUGAAAGUAAAAAGAGUGACUGAUAAAUUCACAGAGAGCAUGUAUGUGUUGGCCAAUGAACCGUCGAUAGCGCUUUACAGGUUGCAAGAGCACGUCAGGAGAUCCCUGCCAGAGCUCGUACAACACAAGACAGACAUGCAGAGUUGGGAGGAACAAAGUCAAGGGGCAAUCUACACUGUUGAAUAUGCAUGCAGUGCGGUGAAAAGCAUGACAAAUAGUAGUCUCUAUUUCAAGAACAUAGACGGUCUGGUCCGGCAAGCCAUUUCACUGAAGGAACAGAUCAGCAGCUCGCAGGGACGAAGAAAAAGAGCUUUGGAUGCUGGCAUGCUUAAGGAUGGAGGAGAAAAGCACAGCUCUGGGAUAUAAACUGAUGGAAGACCUGAAUGAAAAUAUAUACUAUAUUCACUUGGUGCCACCACUUCAUAUUGAUGAUGAUUGCUAUUUUAAAGUAUGGAAGCCCAUUUCCACAUCCAAUUUAAAAAAUAAAAAAGGUAAUUUUGAAUUUAAAAUAAGAAAUAAAUUCAUAUUGUGAGAUAUAAAGUCACAAUCGGGAGUUGCAACUCCAGGAAUAUAUUGCAGUUGCAAGAUUUAAAGUCAAAUUGUGAGAUGUAAAGUCACAAUUGGGAGAUAUACUGUUGCGACUCCAAAGAAAAUAUGUGACCCUGGACCACAAAACCAGUUAUAAGUAG